AUGAGUCUCGUACCUGCAUAUGAAUACGAGAAGGAGGAGGAAGCAUUUUUCAAUGCGGUCGAUUUCGUCGUCGUCAUCCGAGUCGUAAUUAUAAAUGAUUCAUGCCUGCGACUGCUGCUGCUUGGCGGCGGCGGUGGUGGUGGCGGCAUGCAUGCAUGCAUGCAUGCAUGCGAUCGGACGCGAUUCCGAAUGGCGCCAGGGCGGUUCCCUCUCUGUCUAUCUCGGAAGACACAUGAGCAGCUCAGCGGUGAAACAGGUAUGGUUGAGGCCCUCGGCGCGGGUUUCACUCAGUUUGCGCCAGGGUUGCGUGCGUCCGGGUUCUGCUUGGCUGCUAGCUCGCUCUUAUCACAGUUGUUAAUAUCGCUGGCACAUGAGCAGCUCAGCGGUGAAACAGGUAUGGUUGAGGCCCUCGGCGCGGGUUUCACUCAGUUUGCGCCAGGGUUGCGUGCGUCCGGGUUCUGCUUGGCUGCUAGCUCGCUCUUAUCACAGUUGUUAAUAUCGCUGGUUGCCCUCGUCGGAAGUCAUCAUCCCGAAUCGUCCAACAUCCUGUACCUGAAAAGGUGCAAGAAAUCCCCCGCUAUCAACCUGUCAUUAUCCACAGUCGAAAGUGGACCAAGAAGUUUAGAAGUGCAUUACAUUGGAUUCCUGUGGGAAAUGUUGGACCAAUGGACACAAGGAGGAAGGUGUUGGAAUAAUAAGAGCAUGAAGUUGGCGGCCAUGAUUUGCUUCCCUCGGACUCGGUUCGCAGUUGUGGCCUUGGUAGCUGUGGUCUUCUUCACUCUCUCAGCAGGAAUGGCAAGGUUUCAUGAUCAACCAGGAACCGGUUCUUGUGUCAGAGUGUAUUUGAUUGCAGUUCUUCAGGGCAGGGUUUUCCAAAAUUUGGACAAAGGGCCACCCCUGCCCCACAGCAGCAGUGUUGAAAGCAAGACGAUUAUUCCACUUUUGGUUCGGAAAAGUGCCACGUCGCCUCAGUACCUAAUGAAUGUGGAAGAAGAAGGAGACACAGUGAUGAUGACAUGGAUGCUGACGGGUUUUCUUGGGAAACGGGUUUUCCUUCGUGGAAUCUUCGGG